ACCGCGCCGCCGCGUACCCGCCUGCCGUCGCGACGCCCCAGCCGUGCCCGCCGCGCCAGCACGCCGCGAGUGUUGUUGUUGUUGUUGCUGCAGCCGGCCAGAGGAUUACCGCCACUUGUUGUAGCCCAGAGUGCUCAAGAUGAUGACGGAGACAGCUGUCACGGUGACGACGUCACACCCCCAGCACGCACAGCAGCACCCCACCGUCAAGACGGACCCCGGACAGUCGCCGGGCAACCUGUCAUGGAUGCGCAUCAACAUCAACUACUUCAAGACCGUGCCCGGCAUCCUCAAGCUGGUGCAGGCGGUCCUGGGCAUCCUGUGCAUGGCCCUCGCCUCGCCCGCCUACCUCAGCGGGACGCACUGGUUCCUGUUCGUGGUGGUGUCCGCCUUCAUCGCCACCCUCAUCUGGAUCUUCGUGUACCUGCUGGGCAUCCGGGAGGCGCUCCGGCUACCCAUCAACUGGAUCCUCACGGAGCUGAUCAACACCGGCAUCAUGACCAUCCUGUACUUCAUCGCCUUCAUCGUGCAGCUGGCCGCGUGGUCGCCGUGGUACGGCUACGCCAGGGGGUCCAACAUCGCGGCGGGAGUGUUCGGCAUCUUCAACUUCAUCGCGUACGCCGCGGGGGCGUACUCCCUGUACUUGGAGUGGAAGGGCUCGCCGGUGACGGUGAACCAGUGAGGACAGCGCGCUACGGCCCUCAGGGCCCCUCAGGGCCGCACCCCCUGUCCCUUCGCACCUUUAAAGGGCUGACUCCACGCCACCAGCUAAUACCUCGACUGUUUUUGUUAUCGUUAUUAUAAUUUUUUAAAAUGAUUUUAUUUUGGAAAACUAUCGCGUAGGCUUGAUUGUAGAAUUGUUGUGAGCCCUGUCGGAGGGAAAGAGAAGACUGUUGUCUGAGCCAGGUAGAGGUUUGAACCAGCCCUGUGCAGCAGACUGAUUCUGUGAGUCUUUUUCGUCGCUAUGUCUCCACCGCACACUUGAGGCGUCUUCCCUGGAGGUGCGAGAGAGACCGCGCGACGAAAACGACUCUCUGAAGCAGUCAGUCUACGGGCUCUGGUUCGAAUCCCGCCUGUCCCGGCUGUCUUCUGCUUCCCACCGAGGUUUGAGAGCCUCUUUGCGUCGUCACUAUUUCUUCGCUUUGUAAACGCAUGCAAGGAACCUAGAGACUGUGUGACACGUUUGUCUGAGCAUGGCGUCAAAAACACUUUGGAUGUCUUUCCUCAAACUUUGAAGUUGUUUUGUCACGAUUUAUACAGACCGUGAUUUGUGCAUCUGGCUUGGUCUGAUCAAAAAAGUAGUUAAUGUGAGUGCUUGAGUACUGAACACGUUUGGCAUGUGUGGUGUGAAGCACACGUAAAUUAGCCUGAGGAAAGAGGGGGUGGAGGAUCCGCCAACAAUUGGCCAGUGCAAAAGUCUGGAAGUCUGCCGCCCUCCGCGGCCCUGCACAAAAGUCUCUUGAAACCUCUCAUUACACUCUAAACGUAUAUAGACGAUUUUUGCGACCAACUGGAAACGGUUUUGUGCAUUGCAAAAUCUGGACACAAAGUUGUAACUAAUGCUGGUGCAAUUUUAUCACCAGGUUUGGUAAGGCACAAAAUAACUAUUUCCAGUUGUUUAAAAAAAAAAUUGUCCAUGGGCGUUUAGUGUGCAGGAACGCAUAAUGAAUCUUGUCGAUUUUAAAACAAUGCUCUCCAAAAUUAGAACUUUUAGAAACGUAAGUCGUAGUUGUGUGCGUGCGAGCGUGUGUGAGUGUGUGAUAAAGAAAAGUAUAAAGUGCAGUCAUGAAUAGUUGUCAGCAGACGGUGUAUGCGUGUGUCAGAGCGAGUGUGUGAGUAAUGCGAAAGUCAUUAUUAUACGAUUGUUGUGAAUGUGCGCCUACUUCACCAUGUGUGGGGCCUAGCCAUUUAAGUAUUUAAUUUUUGUUACGGAUGCCUGAGAGAAAUAUAAGAGUGUCAAUUUUGUAAGAUUCCGAAGUACUUAGUGCAAUGCAAACCCUCCGUAGAGCUGCAUUGCAUAGGCAACCCAACGGACCAUUGACUUACAACAUUACCGACACCAGUCUGAAUUUUGUCUUACAGUAUUGGUGUUUAUAUUCACGUCUGGGUGGCUUCAAAGAUGACUUUGGAGCCACCACUGUUUUACCUGUAUUUUAUUUUAAUCAUAAAGAAUAUGUUCAACGCCAUAGAAUCGUACAUUGUCACCAAAUUCAUUAAAACAAAUAAAACGUAAUAAAUCAUAACAGUAGACUUCAAA